AUGCCAAGUAGGAGGCGAACCAAAAAGAAGAACAAAAGAACCAACAAAUAAUAAAAGUCAAUAUAAGUCGAAAAACAAAAACCUGCCAAAAUUGAUUAUUAGCCUAAACCGGCGACAAGAGCCCAGAGCAAGACCAAAGAACAAAAGGAAAAUCAAAAUGUAUAGGAAUCCGUCAAACAAACUAAGGGCCACAUUGAUAAACCUCAUAACAAAGAAUAACAUCCUAAUUCGUAAAAUGAAAAAGGGAUUCCCGCUUCUUCAACAUUGACUCAUUAACAAGAGUGUUCCGAUCAAAUUUCUUAGAUUUCACAGUUAUUUACUCUCUAAAAAAGUGAAGCUCCAAAUAAAAAUUCCCGAUAAUUAAGUAAACCCAAGAUAUUGAGUAUUCGGGCUGCUAAAUUAACCAUUCCCGCAGAAACUAAGGAAAUUCAAAUGGAUGUCGAACAAGAGGAAUGCGAGUUCAUUAAUCAGGCCAUGAUACAAACCAGAUGUAACCUCUUGGGAAUGCCCAAACAGAGUAAAUCUAAGAAAGACCAUUCUCUGACAACAGAAAAUAACUUCGCAUUUGACCCAUCUGAACAAUCAGCCAACAUCCAAGCCCCUCGUCCUCACAAAACUAAAGAACAAUUAGCUCUCAUGGAGGAAUGCUUUACAUCCUUACUUGAAAGCACAAUUCCAGAUGAAAUUCUUUGUAGGGAUCAAGAAAAGAUACUAAUCACAAGAUUCAUUGAGGAUGGCAUCAAAAAUAAUGGAUAAAAAUAAGCAUUAUAUAUAUCGGGAGUUCCUGGAAUAGGCAAAACAGCCACAGUCUUGGAGGUCAAAAAUAAAUUGCUCUCCAAAAAACUCAACUUUGAGUUCAUCUAUUUCAACGCCAUGAAUGUAGGAGCUCCCGAAGACAUUUAUCCCUUUCUCUAUGAAAAAUUCACCAACAAAAGAGAAACCUCCAGAAUCAAAUCUUGCAUCCUUCUAACCGAACUCUUCAAUGGUGAAUCAGAAACCAUCAAACAAAACAAAGUAGUAUUACUAGAUGAAUGCGACCAUCUCUACACAACAGACCAACAAGUUCUAUACAAUUUGGUUGAUUGGCCUCAACAACCUUCAGCCCAUCUGAUCAUAAUCAUGAUUGCUAACACUAUGGAUUUUCCUGAAAGGCUCAAGCCUAAAUUAUAAUCCAGAUUAGGAAAUCAUCGCAUAGUCUUUAAACCCUACAACAGCACCCAGAUAGAGAGUAUAUUAUAACAGAGGAUGAAAACCAAGAAAAUUAAAUAAUUAUUUGCCUCCAACACCUUAAACUAUUUGGGCAAAAAGAUUGCUACCAUUUCGACUGAUAUUCGAAAGACUUUAAGUGUCUGUAGAACUGCUAUCGUUUUGGCUAAGGAAUAGCUCUUAAAGAAAGGCGUGUUUUCUCAAAUCGAAGUCGAUCACAUAAAACUAGCCUAUGAUAUUAUCUACAAUAAACCCUAACAUAAUUCUUUGUAACACUUUAAUGACGAGUUGAAAUUGCUUUUGAUCAUGAUCGCCCUUGAAACUCACAUUAAAGGUUACAAUUACGCCUAUUUUCAUCAAGUCAUCCAAAGAGUGAACCAAUAAAAACAAUUGCAGAAAAAAGAUACUCUUAGUAACUUUUAAAUGAAAUAAGUCUUAAUAAAGUUAUCUCAGUUGAACUUAGUUGAAAUUAAAGACGAAUAAGUAUUAUUGACAAAAAGUAGCUGGCAACAAAAAUUGCAAGUAAAUAUUCACUGCUAUUUUAUUUAGAAUAGUUUGGAUAAGGAUCGAUUAUUUAAUUUGGAGGAUGUUUUGAUUCAACUUAAAAUAAACAUCGAUGACAUUAAGAAUGGACUUUCAAAUGAUGAUCUUUUUAAAGAAUUUUCAAAUUUAUUUUGA